UUUUUGUAUUUAUACCUUUCUUUUUUUUUUCCCUGAUACACUAAUGGUAUUAUCCAAUUGAUCUACCUUUUUUUCUGUUAAUGCCAACUUCCAUCUAUAUCUCUGGAGUGACAGGUUACAUUGGUGGUGCGGUGGUUUCCAAGUUAUUGGCCAGCAAGAAAAAAUACAAAUUAACGGCACUGGUGCGAAGUCAAGACAAAGCCAUUGCAUUAGAACAAGCUGGUAUCCGGACAGUGAUAGGAAGUCUAGAAGACAGUAAACUGAUAGAAGAUUUGGUGUUUGAACAUGAUGUGACGAUCACGGCAGCCAAUUGCGAUUCUUUGACGGAAGCUCAGGCGGUGGUGAAAGGCAUGCAACGUAAACAUGACUUGGGACAACGUGGAUUAUUGGUGCAAACGACAGGGUCAGGUGUAGUAACGACGACACUCUCAGAUGGACAUGCAAUGAAAGAAGAGAAUAAUGUAUUUAGUGAUCUUGAUACAGCUAGGUUGAAUGCAUUACCCGAUACACAACCUCAUCGUCAUGUUGAUACAUUCUUGAUGGCUCAAUCUAAUACGUUUGAUCUGGUGUUGAUAGGCCCACCUACCAUCUUUGGCAAACCAUCCACCACCCUAGGUGUUAAUCCUCAUUCGAUGCAAAUCCCUUGGGCAAUCUCAGUCUCUCUUCAACAUGGUGCUGUUCAUCAAGUGGGUGAUGGUAAAAAUACUUGGAGUUUGGUGCAUAUUGAUGAUUUGGUGGAUCUGUAUGGUUUGGUGAUCGAUCAAUGGCUGGAUGGACAACUUGAUCAUUUUGGUUAUUUCUUUCCUGAGUCUGGAUUCUAUGAAUGGCAGCAAGCUUAUCAAGUCAUGGCGAAAACUCUUCAUGCUCUGGGUGCCAUCCCUUCUCCACUCCCAAUCAUCAUCCGUUCCGAUGAUGAAUUCAUUCGUGUAUACAAGAUGUUGGCUUUCAAGUUUGCCUAUGGCGGGAACACUCGUGUCAGUGCAGACAAGUGCAGAGCUAUCGGUUGGUCUCCAAAGUAUUCGCUGGAUGACUUUUUGUUAGACAUUGAACGUGAAGCUGGUGUAUUGGCAAGGAAAAAAGGAUUCAUUCCGUAGAUAGUCAGCCCCUUUAGAUUAGUUGUCUUUAUUACUAUCAUUGUCAUUAUUAAAUUUUUUUAUUUAUUUACCUUUGAUGAUUUAAAUAACAAUGUCCACGAUAAAAAAAAAAAA